UGUUCAGCUCUGUUGUGCAGUUGUCAUUUGUCAGGUGGGCUGUUAUGCUCUUGGACAGGUUGCGUGUGCGUGUUUUUCCUUGUGGAGGUCUCCCUGUUCAGUGAGGUUGACUCUUUGAACCUGUGUGGGUGGGCGAGCUCCCGACGAACGGCAUCAUGCAGAGCGUCAUCAACUCGGUGAAGGGCACAGCGCUGGGCGUCGCGGAAUAUCUCGCUCCAGUCCUUAAGGAAUCUAAGUUUAGAGAGACUGGAGUAUUGACUCCUGAAGAGUUUGUUGCUGCCGGAGACCAUUUAGUUCAUCAGUGCCCUACUUGGCAAUGGGCAACGGGUGACGAAGCCCGAGUCAAAAGUUACCUCCCUCCAAACAAGCAAUUUUUAAUCACAAGGAGUGUGCCCUGCUCUCGAAGAUGUAAACAGAUGGAGUACUGUGAUGACCAUGAAAAAAUUAUUGAGGGUGAUGAUUCCGAUGGCGGUUGGGUGGAUACCCACCACUAUGCGGGUCUUGACGAAAAAGUUUCUGAGAUGACACUGGAUGUCAAGGCUGAGGCAAGUAGUUCAAGCACUGCAAAUGCAGGAAUCACUGAGAGAGAUAAUGAUGACGACGAUGAUGAAGGAGAAGCUGCCGACAUGGAAGAGUUUGAGGAAAGUGGCCUAUUGGAUGAAAAUGACAAGGCCACAUUAGACACAACGCAGAUUAGCAAAGCUGAAAACCCAUUGCCUACAACCUUGUCAAGUACAGAUGAUGAUAUUAUUCGCACUCGUACCUAUGACUUGCACAUCACAUAUGACAAAUAUUACCAAACACCCAGGCUUUGGCUUACUGGUUAUGAUGAAAGUCACAAGCCUCUUAAUGUAGAAGAAAUGUAUGAAGAUGUUAGUCAAGACCAUGCAAAGAAAACAGUGACAAUGGAGACACAUCCACACCUUCCAGGCCCCUCCAUGGCAUCUGUCCAUCCUUGUCGGCAUGCCGAGGUAAUGAAAAAAAUUAUUGAAACUGUUAUGGAGGGAGGUGGUGAGCUUGGUGUUCACAUGUACCUCAUCAUUUUCUUGAAGUUUGUUCAAUCUGUCAUUCCAACUAUUGAAUAUGAUUAUACACAGAAUUUUACAAUGUAAAGAGAAGUUUUAAUCUGCACAAAGUUUACAUCUAUUUUACGAUGCAUCACAAAAAAAAUAUCUAAAACUCUUGACCCAUGUUCAAUGGUGAUGUAAAUUGCUUCAUUCAACUUUAGCUAUAAGAAAAUUAUUGGGCAUCAAUUUCAAUCCAUAAAGCAAUCCAUUUAAGCAGUUAAAAGUAGUAAGCCAAGUGUAAAUCCUUGAGACCUGAGAUUAAGUGGCACUGUAUGUAAUAUGGCCCUUGAAAAAUGUGAUGAAUAAAAAAGCCAAGUUGCAAGAUGUUUUCAA